UUUCUGCCAUUUGCCGGCGCCUGACUGAGUGUGAAAAGAGAGAAGAUUCCCGGUUCCAAUAUCGCAGCUCGCUUCCCCGACUGGUUGGCCGCUCUAGUCUAUGGCACGUCCUCGUUCACUGGUGUCGCCGCUGUUGAGCGGAGUGUUCUGCCAGUGUGACACUGUGGGUGGUGCGCCGCAUACCCACGAUACUCCGGCCUCUCCUUCCUUGGCUGCUGCUUUGGCCGCGGAUCCGUGCGGGGGACUUGUGUGUGGGGGACCCGAGCACGAAACGCGGCUGCAGAUCCUAUUCCAGGAGUUGGACGUGAACAAGGACGGAGGCAUCUGUAUCAAUGACCUGGCGGUGGGACUCAAGCGGCUGGGGGUGCAUCGCACAGAGUUGGAGCUGAGGAAAAUAGUGAAAGCUGGGGACAAGGACCAGGAUGGACAACUGGACUUCGAAGAGUUUGUACACUACCUCCGUGACCACGAAAAGAAGCUCAGACUGGUUUUCAAGAGCUUGGACAAGAAAAAUGAUGGCCGAAUUGAUGCCCAGGAGAUAAUGCAGUCCCUGCGGGACUUGGGGGUGAACAUAUCUGAGCAGCAGGCAGAGAAGAUCCUAAAGAGAAUUAGGACUGGCCACCGUUGGGGUCCUGUCACCCACAUGGAUAAAAAUGGGACAAUGACAAUUGACUGGAAUGAAUGGAGAGACUAUCACCUUUUGCACCCAGCAGAGAACAUUCCUGAGAUCAUCCUUUACUGGAAACACUCAACGAUAUUUGAUGUUGGAGAAAACCUGUUAGUCCCUGAUGAGUUUACUGUAGAAGAGAAGCAGACUGGAAUGUGGUGGCGACAUUUAGUUGCAGGAGGAGGAGCAGGGGCUGUUUCUAGAACUUGCACAGCUCCUCUAGACAGACUCAAAGUACUAAUGCAGGUCCAUGCUUCCCGUAGCAACAACAUGUCCAUGCUGGGUGGCUUUACCCAAAUGAUCCGGGAAGGAGGGAUUCGCUCCCUCUGGAGAGGAAACGGCAUCAACGUGAUCAAAAUUGCACCAGAGUCCGCAAUCAAAUUCAUGGCAUAUGAGCAGAUGAAACGUAUUAUCGGCAGCGACCAGGAGACUCUUGGGAUUCAUGAGAGAUUGGUAGCUGGGUCUCUGGCUGGUGUGAUUGCCCAAAGCAGCAUCUACCCUAUGGAGGUACUGAAAACACGUAUGGCCCUACGCAAGACAGGCCAGUAUCAAGGCAUGCUUGACUGCGGCAAAAAAAUCCUACUGAAAGAGGGAGUGUCUGCAUUUUACAAGGGAUAUGUCCCAAACAUGCUCGGGAUCAUCCCCUAUGCAGGCAUUGACUUGGCAGUGUAUGAGACCCUAAAGAAUGCAUGGCUACAGCGGUAUGCCACAAGCAGUGCUGAUCCUGGAGUGUUUGUCUUGCUAGCCUGUGGGACCAUAUCUAGUACAUGUGGCCAACUUGCCAGCUACCCCCUAGCUCUCGUCAGAACACGCAUGCAGGCAGAAGCUUCUGUUGAAGGUGCCCCCCAAAUGACAAUGAGCAAGCUGUUCAAGCACAUUGUAAAAACCGAGGGAGCAUUUGGACUUUACAGGGGACUGGCACCCAAUUUCAUGAAGGUGAUCCCUGCCGUCAGCAUCAGUUACGUGGUCUACGAAAAUCUGAAGCUCACACUGGGAGUACAGUCCCGGUGAUGUGCAAACAUGGAAAUGGUUAAUGGACAUUAGACUGCUGUCUUGGGCUGUAACUCCCUGGAUGUGAAAGGUCUUGUCUUCAUUCUGUGAAUGCGUUUAACACUAAGUGACUGAGUAAAGCUGUGAUAAUCCCCAGAGACACAGGGACACAAGGCUGCAUCAGAGCACUAGGAGCUCCUGACUCAAUGCUCUCAUUCCACUCCCUGCUCAGGGGGCUGUAGCUUCUUCCAAAUUGGAGCUUUGUUUACAUUUUGACUUUUGGUUCAUAUUUUAAGUUUGUCAUCCUUUUACAACCCCCCAUUCAUACAUCCCAGCUUUUUUUUUUUUUUUUUUUUAAUAUACAUUAUAUAUUUGUUUAGUCUUUUUGAAGGCAUCAUGUUUGCCCUUUAAAUGUAUGUUUGCGGUGAGAGUUUGAUGCUGAGAAUUCAGCUUAUUCGCCUGCUUCUGUAGAACUGUGAUUUUUGGCACUUUGCCCAUUGCUGACCCAUGUGUGCCCGCCUAUAUAUUUGAAUCCACAGUACCACCUGACUGGUGUUAUGAGCUAGGCCAUUUGCUGCUUGGAAUGUUGCCAUUAUGACAUGGUACUUGGACGGCUCUUCCCAGCAAGUAUGCCCAAGACUGACACAUUUCUCACAUUCCUCCUUUAUUUUGAUGUUUUUACUGCCUAGCCUGUAUAUUUAUUACAUAUUUAUUGAAGAAGAAAUAUCUAACAUUGAGCUAUUUUUACAGAAUGUUUAAUUAUUAGAGUAUUGUGGCUUUUUUUUUUCUUUUUUUAUUUCACUAACUUGUUUUAGGCUUCAAUGAUUUUUGCUGAGUGUCUGACUGUAAAGCAGCGAGCGCUUUAUUUCUCUGUACACCAUGACCGUUGCCCUAAAUCUAAAGUCCUUGCUGUGUGGCAGAAGCAAACUUUAACCUUUCUGUUGGAGGGGGGGGGGGGGCAGAUAUGCAGUGGCUGAGUCACUGAGGUCACAUUUCACGUCAUUCAGCUGUUCUUUCUUCAUUUCACAAGCAGAUUAUCGAUCUGUUGGGGACCUCACUAGGAAACAUUGCACUUUAUGCAGUAGGGAUCUUGUUAUCUUUGUGGUUAGAGUGAAUGGUUUUGGUGCUUUACUAAUGCCACUGACUUGGGCGCUGAUGCAUGAUGCAGCUUAUUUCCCCUUUUCUUUAUUUGUUUGGCCUGUAUCAUUCAGUUCUGCUGCUCCCCAAACUUAUGAGUCCAUGAAAUGGUAAGCAAGAAUCAAUGCAAAAAAUGAGAAUUAGUCUGACCAUAUAAAGCCUGCCUGUUAUAAGCGGAAUCUAUGGAAAACAUGCCAUGAGAGCUUGUUGUAGAAUCCGUCAAAUAAAAGUUCUCUAUAUUGUACUAAA